GUGUCAAUUGGCGUCACGGCGCCGGCGGACGCGGACGCCAAUAGCUCUGCGCGCUGCGUCUCUAUAUUGUGAGGUCAUAACGUUCUUGGCCACCUCCCGCUAUAUAUUCCGUGUCCCCGCGUCGGGGAGGGGACAGUUACAGGCGCCUUGGAGAAGGUGGAGGUUGCAGAGAGAGGCUGUUUAGUGCGGAAGUGUAUUUAAGGUAUCUGUCCUGAAAAAAACAUAAGGGGAAAUGGCCCGUACCAAGCAGACUGCCCGUAAAUCCACCGGUGGCAAAGCUCCACGUAAACAGUUGGCUACCAAAGCUGCUAGGAAAAGUGCUCCCUCUACCGGUGGAGUCAAGAAACCUCAUCGCUACAGGCCUGGUACUGUGGCACUGCGUGAGAUUCGUCGUUAUCAAAAGUCAACAGAACUUCUGAUUCGCAAACUUCCAUUCCAGAGGUUGGUCAGGGAAAUUGCCCAAGACUUUAAAACAGAUUUGAGGUUCCAGAGUGCAGCCAUCGGUGCACUGCAGGAGGCUAGUGAAGCAUAUUUGGUGGGGCUCUUUGAAGAUACAAAUCUGUGUGCCAUCCAUGCCAAGAGAGUUACUAUCAUGCCCAAAGACAUCCAGUUGGCUCGUAGGAUACGGGGGGAGAGGGCUUGAGUGGAGGCAGUUUUUAUUGUGUUUUGUAGUAAAUUCUGUAAAAUACUUUGGUUUCAAUUUGUGACUUUUUUUGUAUGAAAUUGUUUAUAAUAUGUUACAUUUGUACUUAAGUCAUUCCAUCUUUCACUCAGGAUGAAUGCUAAAAGUGACUGUUCACAUAAAACUCAGUGAUGUGAGCCUUGUUGCUCAACAGUGACAAGUUGCUAAUAUGCAGAAGGGAUGGGUGAUCUUUCUUGCUUUUCAUGCAUGUUUCUGUAUGUUAAUGACUUGUUGGGUAGCUAAAAUUGUAAGGUACUAGAAUUGAUAUAAAUGUGUACAGGGUCCUUUUGCAAUAAAACUGGUAAUAACUUGAUCCAAGUGUUUAACAAUUGGGGCUGUUAAGUCUGACCAUACACCACUGUGAUUGAAUGGACUUUCAGAAGGGUAAACUACAAGUCUUAACCACAGUGUAACUUACAGUUUCCUUAAAACGUAAACCUGGCAGCUAUAGAAUACACUAUGUGCAUUUAUAAUAGCUAUUUUAUAUAUUGUAGUGUCAACAUUUUUAAAUUAAAUGUUUUACAUUCACAUAAGAAGUCUCGUUAUUGUUGUGGGGAAAACAGUAUGCUUUAUGCUAUAUAAUUCUUAAGCCUGUUUACUGCUUUGAAUAAAAUCCCAGUAACAAGAAUAUUACAGUAGUUAUGUGAACUAAGAUAGUUUAAGUUUCUUAUUACCAUCAGAGUAAUUUAGAGACAGUGAGAAUUUAGCAAUAUUUCUAGCUUACAACAGUAAUGUUUUUGUCCUACUUGGGUGGUAUAAACACUGGCUGUAACUGUAGGGCAAUUGCUGAUUCUUAUUUUUCAUUUUGUAAAAAAACUGCAACUUUGUUGCAUUCCAAGUCCUUUUAAAGCUUAUCUUGUGCUAACAUCUGUGCUUUUGAUCUUUGAAAUACAACACGUAUACUAUAUAUUAUCUAAAAUUUGAGGCUAUUUAUAAUUUAAUUGAAGUAAGACAAUCCCUUGGUGGAGGCCCUUGUUCAGGUUGCUGGCAGUGGGUCCUGGGAGGAGAUGAAAGUGCUUGUAUUUAAGUGUGUGUUUUCUUGCAAGCUUUUACUUAAAACGGGAAUUAAAAGUACAGUGUUGCGCUU